GGAAAAUACCAUCCACUGGCAAGUUGAUGCUGACCCUCACAACUGACGCCUGCGAGGGGAAGGAAAAUUUUGUCCGCUACCUCGAGCACGUCCAAGCCGUCAUCACGGUCAACGCAACCAGAAGAGGAGACCUGAACAUCAACAUGACUUCCCCUAUGGGCACCAAGUCCAUCCUGCUGAGCCGGCGUCCGAGGGAUGAUGACUCCAAGGUGGGCUUUGACAAGUGGCCUUUCAUGACCACCCACACGUGGGGGGAAGACGCCCGAGGAACCUGGACCCUGGAGCUGGGGUUUGCUGGGAGCACACCCCAGAAAGGGGUGCUGAAGGAGUGGGCCCUGAUGCUGCAUGGCACACAGAGUGCCCCUUACAUCGACCAGGUCGUGAGGGAUUACCAGUCCAAGCUGGCCAUGUCCAAGAAGGAGGAGCUGGAGGAAGAGCUGGACGAGGCUGUGGAGAGAAGCCUCAAGAGCCUCCUGCACAAGGACUAGUGCCAUCCCUGCCUCCACCACUUUCCCCCAUCUCUGCCUCCUGUCCUUGCUCCACCCUCUGUCAGGAACCCAGCAAUUACUGUCACCCCCACACAAGCAGUUCCAGCUUCUCCAUCUGAAGCUCCGCUCACUGUCAGUGAUUAUUUUCAUUACAAUGGAAGCAAUCUUUUUUAUCCUGUGCCCCAAAUACAGUGUUCCCACCAACACCUACAUUCUAUUUGUGACUCUUAAGUUCUUUGUUUCUGUCAUUCGAAUAGGUGAUAUCCUGCAAACAAAACUGGGACAACUUUCCCCUCACUAUUUUUUCAUAUCUGACAAGAGAAGAGAAUGCAUUUAACAAGCCACACACAGGGAUACUAAGAACAUUUAUUUGUGGUCUCAAAUGCAGACCUGUUACAUAAAAGAAACUCAAGGAAUAUGACAGAGGAUGAGCUAUGAACAGAGCACAGGAGAUGCUGUAAGUCCUUUGGGGAUAAAUGUUUGCAACUUAGCAAGGUUUUUCAGGAAUGUAAGGCAGCAUGCUUUGAAAGAUGCCAUCCAUGAGAGCCCUAAUUCCUGGAUGGGGAAGAAAGUCAAACUUCAUGAGCAUUCAAAGUCUCACCAGUAUCAAGAUCGUAAUUUGUCCUAUUCAGCCAGUGUUAUAAACAUAAAACCUAAGUAGCGAGGCUGCCAUUCCACCAGCUGCUGCUCUGAGUCAUGGUAAAAUCUGCCAGAGAAACCUAAUUACUCCCAGUUUGUACAGGGUUCAUUCCUGCCCCAAUUUUCUGGGGUUCCUCACAUAGCUAUCAAAGGAGAGAAAGAUAAGGCAGGUCUGGCACCAUGUCUGAAGAAUAAAGCCUAGCUUGGUGGUUUUUAACACAAGGACUUUCCUUUUCCAAGUCACUUUGUGGCUCCUUAACCUGACGCUAGAGGCUGGGUAUUUUUGACACAGGAAUACUUGGCUUUGAUUUGCAAAACAUGAUUGGAGGGAAACAGCUUACACCUUCAUGCUGUGGUUUCCUUGCUGGGGUAAGGAAAUGCCCUCUGUCCUAGGAGCAGUGAGGGAGGGAGAAGGGGUAUGUUUGAAGACGUGAGUGGCUGUCUUCACACAGACCUGCAUUGGUUUGCAGCCUCUUCUGCCACAGGGGACAAAUGCAGAGUCAUCCCUCUGUAACUUGAGGCCUGAAGGAAGCAAGAAGACCUCAGUAGGGAAAGCACAGUUACCGUCUCAGCAACUAAGUGAUCCACGGGGAUGUUUAACAUGCAACCCAAAGUCGGGACAUCCCUUCCCCCAUAAGCCCCAAAAGACACUACACCAUUUCAUUACCAAAUAGAAAUGCUUUCUGACCUACUGUCACUUUGCUUUCCUACCCAAAGAAUGGCCCCACACCCCCAAUCCCAAUGCCCACCCAUUCCCAAGAAAUAGUCUGUUUGCUUGAGCUGAUGCCCAAGAACUGAUCAGCCAUGCCUGGCUGCAUUUCUCCCUUACAUGGGAGCAUGUAGCUAAGCCUGGAGUUCCUUCCCUUAAAGUCAGCAACGCUAAGGCAGUAGGUUCCAUUCCCUGAAGGUAGCUCACCAUUCUGGUGAUGAUGUCUGGAAAGCCCAUUUUCUUUCUUUCUUCCCCUAUGUUGGCAUGAAUUUCUGUCUUCUCUAACACCAUAUGACCUUCUCUAAAUAAUGCUUUAAAAAUGUAAUAAUAUUUAUGAUUUUUAAAAGAAAUUUAUUACUUAUUGUGAAGGUCUUUUUAAACCAGUUUAGAUUUAAAGAAAAAAAAUAAAUGGAAAUCAUCAAAAAUUCAUUUCAUAUUAACACUAUGAAAAUAAACCAAAGGACAUUAUGUGUGCAUGUGUAUAUAAGCACACAGAAAUAUAUAUACAUAUGUAGACUAUAUACACUUUAGGUAUAUGUGUGCAGAUAAGUGUAUAAAUGUAUCUGCACACAUAUACCUAAAAUGUGUGUAUGUAUAUUUAUUAAAGAAAGAGACACCAUAUUCAUGUCUAAAAGAAUAUUCAGAGAAUAUGAAGAUGAUUCUGGCUGAAGAAAAAGGCCAGUGGAAAUUCAGGUGAAAAUGUUCAUCAAUUCCCAUUAUAACAUAUCUGUCAUUUUGCAGCUCUCUGUGUAAACAUUUUAUGUCUUAUAAAGCAGCAAAAAUAUAAAAUAAGUGUCCAUAUUUUCAAAGUUGUGGUAUAAUUUAUGAAGUUAGAGAGUAACUUAACAGAUUCUUAAUAGAAAUGGCAAGUUUUGAUAUGAAUAAACAGUAUAUAAAAAUAUAUAUAGUGCUAUAUAAAAAUAUUUGGUCUCUUUUCAUUUUCACACUAGUAUUAACACUAAAAUAUGUCUAGCUAGUGAGGUUUUUAUGACAUCCCUAAUCCUAACACAAGAGACAGGUAUUUAGAGUCAUUUAUUUUUAAAAAAUGAAAAUAAGUGAGUAAUUACUGAUCAGUUACCAUUGUUACUCCCUGUGACAAAAUUUUAUAAGUAAAUUUAAAAAGACAUGUUGUAAAUUAGGAGAUUCAACAAUAAAACAUUACCUUCCAGAAAUUAUGUGGGAUGUGAUAUGUAUUACAUAAAAACACUUCCAUCCAUUUUAGGAGCAGAUAAUAAAAAGUUGCUGAAGAGAUCUCAAAA